UAUGGUAUGUAUGUAUUUACAUAGACAGGAUAAUAGGAAUAUUCGGAUAAUGCAACAAUAUGGCAGGAGCCCCAAGCAAUGCGAUUAUUAGUCAAGUGCCAUUCUUCCAUGGCAACUUGUCGAGACACCUAACAGAAGUUCUAUUGAUGGAAAACGGAGAAGAAGGGAGUUUUCUUGUAAGAGAUUCAACCGAAUUUGGAAAAAAAUUUUGCGUCAGUGUACGAGGAAAAGACGAAGUGAAGCACUUUCCACUUGUUUUUGAUAAUGGCGUUUACUACUUUGGGAGAUCGGAAUUCAUUUCACUCGAAAGCCUGAUGAGACACUUUGCAAACCAACCGGUCUUGAGAUGUCGUUCUGCUAACAUGGGGCCACAUUAUAUACGUGGACCAGAGAUGACUUUAAAAUAUCCUUAUCCAGCAAUCAUGGAAGAACCUGAAACGUAUGACCAGAUUCGGUUCCAGUCAACCGAAUUAGUAGAAGAAACUGUUGACACUUUGAAUUCGAGAAUGAAAGGCAUACCUCUUGCCACCAAAGCAGGAUAUUUGUUUAAGGAAGGUGGUUUUGUGAAGAAUUGGAAAUAUCGGUGGUUUGUCUGCAUUAAAAAUAAACUCAGCUAUUUUGCAGAAAUUAAUUCAGAAACACCAAUCAAUGUAAUUGAUUUAAAAGAAUGUUCAAAGUGCACGGAAAUAAAAAUAAAAGGCAAGAACCAUUGUUUCGCACUAGAGGCAGAAGGCAGAAACUGGAACUUCAGUGCAGAAUGUGAAGAAGACAUGGAGGAAUGGGUGGCGUUACUGAAAUGGAAAAUUAAAUACAAUAAAUCACAAGAUAUUGAUUAUUUGCCACAAAAUAAGACAAGUAUAAAGAAGUAGAGAGCUGUCUAACAUUAUUUUAGGUAACAACAGGACUGUAUUAUCUAUACAGACACUUUAUAAAUAAAUCAGUAUAUAAUGAGUAAUAUCAAAACUUGCCUAAACACUACUUUUGGAACAUUCCAACUAUGCAAAUGUUAUCAUAUUUAAAUCCGAUAUCCUUUUAUCCUAUUAUAUUAUUUCACAUCUUAUUCACAUAACCAUGCUUAAUUCAUGUGUAUUUAUCUUGGAAAAUGUUAUUUAGUGUGAUAUAAAAUCAAAAAAUAUAGCAGUACUGUUAUAGAUCAAAUGUUCACUAUUCAUUAUUACUAAAGCUGUUGUUCUCAUUUAAUUAUAGUUUAGAUCCGUAUUUUAUAAUUACAUACUUUUAUGUUAAAUCAUUAGAUAAUGCUUUGAGUAAUGUCAAAACUUCCUUAAACACUUCUUGGAACAUUCCAACUAUGCAAAUGUUAUCAAAUUAAAGGCUCCUUUUUCAUAUUCUAUUGUGUAUAUUUCACAACACUAUUCACAUAAC